AUGUCCUGGGCCAAGAGAACACUCCCCUUGAAAAAUCCCACAUUCUUCAAGAAGGUCGAAGACAGUCAAUUAUGGCAUGAAGAGGUGGAGGCCACUGCUGGGCAACUGCACCCCUCAGAUCCUCGGUUCCCAUGGGGCUUCGUCCGUAACCACACCGAUACCUAUCUCAAGAAGAAGGGCAAACUUAGUCAGGAAGAUACAGAUAUAAGACUGACAAAACUGGUUCAAACACAUCGGACAAGAGAUAUCGCAGUAGCUGCUGUAGCACAUGCUAUGACAACGCAAAGCCUCAGCCUGUUGCUACUUGCUGAAACGAAUAUCGUAUAUGGAAGUUACUGGGGUCUCGACACAUGGCUACAGAGCUUGAUAGCCGCGAAUGAAGGCAACCCUGCCUCAACAACACGUUUAGAAGCACAAUGGGCACGUAUGCUUCUGCCUUAUUCCACUUUCGGCGCCAGCGCAGCCGGCCGCUACCUGAAGGGCGUGACGCGCGCCCUGAAGGAGUUCGAAACACGGAACAUGCAAGGUGUCCUUGGUAACUUCGCGGCGAUUCUACGCAGAGCCAUAAAGGAUUAUGCAGCCCAACUGGAAGGUCACCGAUUAACAUGUGACUGGGUCGCAGCUAAGCAAGCAGUAGACUGGAUGAAAACACUGGACGUAUCGUUGCCUCUUGAUUCAUCAGGCACGCUCAGCAUAGAAAUUAUCUUCGAUGAGCAAUUUCCGGCCUGGAGGAUGUGGGCUUCAUGGAGACCAGACGUCGAUCGCCUCACACGAUAUUCCAAGUUAAACAGCAGAUGGACGUCGACUGUCCUCGAUCUGUUGGCCUUGGAAGGGCCUGAUCUGGUUACUGGCGCCGAAAGGACAUUACGCCAUGGGUUGGUAGCGGACUAUAGCGAGCAACGCAGAUGGAUACACUAUCGUGGUCUGGUAAUCGAAGUUCCUGAGCUUACAAGAGUAUGCUUGGCCGCCGUGUUAGGAAGACUCUUGCGAGGCUUGGAUUCAGUUUCUACGUCAAUAUCCUAUGGUGAAAGCCUAUUCAACCUCUUCCGAUCUUUGACGACAGGACGAGCGAUCACCAAGAGCGAGCUAGAUCUUUUGGAUGCGUCCCUGGAAAUUGGCCAUAAAUCCAAAGACGAUUACUUUGCCGCUGUUCGUAGAAUAUGGUCUGAGAAGGAGCACAUUUGUGGAAUGCAUAUCAGCCCCCUUCAACGGCUUCUUGUUAUUCUCGAGGAACCUAAAGCGACAACUCUCCGCGAACUUUUCCUCCACGAUUGGUUCCUUCACGGCUUUGAGGAAUGCUUCCGCGAAUGCCAACUUGUCAUACGAGAGCAGGUCACCACCCCUGCUUGGCUACGUCUACUACUCGAGCUACAUGGAUUUUGUACUGCCGUUAAAGCAUCCACACACGUAUUUCCACAGCUGAGGCUUGAGUUCCAGACCAAGAUGCGAGAUUGGCCAAGUGACAAACGAAUGACUUCGAUCAAGGAGAUCUAUAUCGCAGCUCAGAAUUUGUGUUUAGAUGAAGUGCAGACAAGGAAUGCAUUCGUUUGGAUUGACCCUGACAUCACCACUGGGUCCAUCUUAUCAAGAUCCUAUUCAGAAGACAUCAAGGCGCGACACUCGAUAGAAGUAAUCAUCGAGAAACACUGUCUCGACCACCUACUGAAUAUGGACGCGACUUGCAAUAUUGUUGACGGAGCGUUGCGCGAUAUUUUGGAGGUCUGGGAGAACACUGUGGAAGGAGUGAAUGACAGUGACCGGCGCAUGCUCGCAAUCCUUGUUUCGAGAGAUAUAAGUCACUCUGUAGUACAUCGCUGCGAGUGCAUUUUUGAGCUUGCCGUAGAUCUCGGUCUAGGUCAACAAUCUACGUUUGUUGGGGACAUGUUACGUAUCGUUAAAGUGGCGGAGAAUGAUUCGCGGCAAGCCAUCAUUGCCUUGACGAACAUUCUGGCCAUCCGAAAAGGAUGCACGCAGUGUUGGAGAUCUCUCUUGUACAGAUGGCUGGAUCAAGACGAUAAGCUCGAAGCAAGGAACGGAACUGCCCUCGUUGAUUACUUGGCCCAAACGAUGGACACUAAAACUUGGCUCUCGUUCAUGCAAUCGCUCGAGACACUCUUCAAGGAUCUAGUCUUCUACGACACCGAAGAGCAUACAUUACCAUCUUUAUUGGACCCUCAGCUUCUUUCCUGGGUAUCGAAGGUGAACAAGUUUAGUCGUACUCUGAUGAUUCUUGAAGACUUGGGUGGUGAUUCCAUCGCAGUACGCUCAAUUCUUUCCUCAAGCAAAGAAUCACAGAGAACAGAGAAUCUCGCUAUACUCUCAUGUCUCCAAAGAGCUGAAGGUAGUCUAUCCGAGGCGAUCAUGCAGAGGAUCGUUAUAUGGUUAUCCGGCAAGAGGUCGGACGUGCACGAAGUCAAAGAAUGCUUGCACAAACUACUUGGCGCGGCUGACGACACCAUACUAGCUUGUCAAGAAAUUUUCGAUGCGAAAUUUGGCUUCUUAGAUAUACCCGGCCUUCCUACCCACGAACAAGCCGGUCUCAAUAGGAUUGUUGGGAGAGACUAUCACGUCUUUCCUAGAAGAAGAUACGACAUUCCAUUAGCAGUGGCUGAGGUCAUGGUCGCUGGCUGGAUCCAAGACGACGGCGUGAAACCGGAGAUGAAGACUAUCAUUGACUGCUUCGCUCGGUUGCUCAAUUUGGAGGUAUACAGUAAUGCAAUACCUGAAACGGAGCUUCUCAAAGCAACAGCAUUCUGGGAGGGCAUUGAAGCAGAAAUUAUGCGAGAAGCCGAUCGCCUCGAGGGUCUGAAGCGAGCACUCAAGAUGAAAGACCCUGUGGGUACCGCCCUAUUACUUGAGGAGUAUGACGUGCCUGACACUAGCUUCCUUGAAGAGGAAAUACUGGAACUGCCUGCUGGUAUUGUUGAUCUAGUCGAGCUGAUAGACGAUGACGAGGUCGAGAUGGGCUUCUCGCUCGCUUCGUACACUGAGCUACAACGAAGCGCCAUGGGCGUACCAAGCGCAGCAAAUAACUUACUCGUACGGUUGUAUCUCAACCGUUAUGGGAACACGCCGCCAAGAUUCUGUACACAUUACGACAGCGACGCUGAUCUUGAGACUAUGCAACAUAUCCCAUGGAUUUGCUAUGAGUCGUCUAUAGUGCCACACGAGCAUGUAUGCUUUUCACCGCAAAGUGUCUUCAUAUGGCAGCUUAACAGACUCAUUCUGAAGCACAUUAUCAGCCGGGAUGUAACGAUAGCAGGGUUUUAUUCCACCGUUUCAUGUACCAUCAGAGAAAUGGGCCGCGUGUGUGUCUGCUGUGGAGCAGACCAAAAAGCGAAGAAGGCGCAAUUACGAAGGUCGACGCCUUGCAGUCUUGUCGCAUGUGCGCAGCUAUGGUAUUCCCUCCCACUAGAGAUCCGCAUACCAGAAAUUCGGACGGACAUCUUCACCGUCGACAUGCUCUUAUCCUCUGUGUACAACGCAGCUUGUACCGGCUCCCUAAAAUUCCUCCCAGACUGCCCUAUACGUACAGCCAGCUCCAUCAAAGCAAUCCUCAACUCUCUCCCAAAGCUCUCUGUGAUCCGUGACGCAGUCCACAUCUCCAGAGUCCUUGAAAAGUACCAUGCCGACGCUGAAAAGCUCAUUUCAUGGGCCUGUACCCAUCAAUUUGUGCUCGCGAAUGCGAGUCCAAAGCUCGAAACAGCAUACCUGUCCCGCCUACCGAAACCCUCUUCGGAAACUACAGUACUCUUUCAUGGCACAUCACUCGACCGCCUCCCGGCAAUCCUUACCCAAGGCCUCGUCGUUUGCUCUGGCACAUCUUUGGAACGCACCGGCGCCGUAUACGGAAAAGGCAUCUACUUGGCGGAAGACCCUGCGACUUCGUUCAGUUACUCGACUAUCAACUCGAGCUGGCGUAACAGUGCGCUUUCCAAUAUGCGACUUAUGCUUGGAUGCGAGGUCGUUGGUAAGGGGAGGAGCGUGAGUCGUGGGAUUCAUGCAUUGGAAGAUGGACGUGAUGUUAUGGUGAGGUAUGUUUUCCUGUUUCCGCAUAAUUCCGUAGCACCUGUGGCGAAUCACAUUGUUACUGCUAUGGGGAGUGCAAUGGCGGCAUUGAGGACGGGCGUUGUAUAG